AUGGAGGGGCGGGUCCCGGCCGCCUCCGCCGACCCUGACACAACCAAUGACGACCCUCCAUUGUCACCACCCCGCCGUCCUGAGACCUAUGUAAUCCAAAUCCCCAAGGACCAAAUUUACCGCGUACCACCACCCGAGAAUGCCCUAAUUGCCGAGCGCUUCCGUAAUCCAGAAACCAAAGGCAGGAACCCUAGUUUGCCUCGCUCGUUAUUGUGCGUGGGAAUAAUCCUUUUCGCUCUUUGCCUCAUAUUUAUUGGGAUAACCCUUUCCACCUUGUUCUUCGCUUUAAGCCCGGAAGCCCCUACGAUCUCUAUCUUGCAUGUCGUAGUUACGAACCCAAAACAUUACGACAUUUAUUUGAAAACCAAUAACGCGAAUUCGAGAACCGGCAUUUACUAUGAAAAAGGUGGGAGCGCCACCCUAUUGUUCGGAGAAAAGAACGUCGGCGAGGGCGAAUUUCCAAUGUUGUAUCAACAAGAAAGUAGCUUUGCCACUGUACAACUCGUCAUAGAUGGAAAUAAAUCGUUGCCUCGUGAAAUGGAGAAGAGUAUUAACGAAACUAAGUCCGAUUUACCGGUUCCGUUGGCUCUUAAAAUGGAGGUUCCGGUUACGAUGAAUCUAGGGUUUCUGAAGAUUUGGAAGAAUGAGAUUUUGGUUGAUUGCAAAUUUAAGCUCAGUGCAUUGCGGACUAAUGGCGGUUUCCAGCUUCUCUCGCAAGAAUGUGAGACUACGUUCGAGCCCUGA